AUGGCUUCUGCCUGGGAGAGGAAACUUCAGCGCUCAGAGCUGGAGAAAGCAGCGACUUUCGUCCCCAGGCUCCUCGCUGAGUGUGCCCCCGUGAGCCGUGUUCCCAUUCAGAAUAUCGUCGGAGUGCUGCUCUUUGCGGAUAUUUCAGGUUUCACUGCUCUGACAGAGAAAUUCACCCAGAGGAGCGGCACAGCCAGAGGCACUGAUGAGCUGGUGCAAACCCUCAAUUACUACCUGUGUGAUGUUUUGGAGGAGAUGCUGAUUUUUGGAGGAGACAUCUUGAAGUUUGCCGGGGAUGCUGUGCUGGUGCUGUGGAGAACACGACCCCAGGAGCUGGCUAAGACCAUCAGCCUGGUGCUGCAAUGUAGCCAGCAGAUCCAGGCGAAGUACGGCAGUCGCGACACGCACAUGGGUCAGAAGAUGCGACUGAAGAUAGGGAUCUCUGCAGGGCCCAUGAGCCUCCUGCUUGUCGGAGACAGGAGGCAGAAGUACUUCUUUAUCUGUGGCAAGGUCCUGUCUGAAGUUUGUGAGGCCGAACGGCUUGCGAAUGCAGGUGAAGUUAUCCUCUCAGCCUCCUCCUGGGAGCUCUGCGAGCAGCACCGGCUCAGGACCCAGCAUCUUGCAGGCAAAAGAGCCGUGAAGGUUAUGGGCAUGGUUCAGAUGUCUCGGUCAGAAUGCCAAGAAACUUUACGCAAGCUCGUACAACACCCGGUGAGCCAUGGCUUGGAGAAGGAAGGUGCCGUGAGGCCUGCUUUCUUCCGCUCUCCUCCUAAUGUGGAGGAGGUGCCUAGGGAGUACGUACCAGAAACUGCUCUCCGGAAGUUUGAUGACAGAGUGCCGCUGGACCUCUUCUCUGAGCUACGGCCAGUCACCAGCCUCUUGGUCCAACUGCAGGUUGCUGCAGAUAUGGACACGGAGGCUCUCCACACAAUCCUCAACAAUGCCAGCAGGAUGAUGCUAGAAGUCCUCCAUCCUCACCAGGGCAAAAUCAACAAAAUCCUCCUGUUUGAUAAAGGCUGCAUGUUCCUCUGUGUGUUUGGACUCAGUGGAGAAAAGCUGCUCUACGAGAGUAUUCACGCCUUGCAGAGUGCUAUUCAGAUCUUCAACUCGUGCUCCGCCCUGCUCGGGGAAAAAGAGGCAGUGUCUGUUGCAGUUACCAGCGGGACGGUGUUCUGCGGAGUCAUUGGCCACCCUGGCAGGCAUGAAUACACAGUCAUUGGCCAGAAGGUGAAUUUGGCAGCCCGGAUGAUGGUGCAGUACCCUGGGCUGGUGUCCUGUGAUGCAGUGACCUACGCCGCCUCUCGGCUGCCCCCUUACUGCUUCAAGGAGCUGCCAGCGAGAGAGAUGAAAGGCAUUAGCUGUCCUGACACUAUCUAUCAAUACGUGGGGAUCGCCAAGAGGAGCAUGUUUUGCAUGGGUCUUGCCAAGGAGAGGUCAGAGUACGUCCCCUUGCUGGGUCGGGAGAAGGAGCUUGACCUCUUUGCCAGCUGCUUGAAAGCCUAUAAGGAUUUAGGACGAAGGCACAUCCUGGCAUUUGAAGGCACGAUGGGCUCCGGCAAGAGCCACUUACUUACUGAACUGGCCUAUUUAGGCCAGGCUGCUGGCCACAGGGUAGUUGCCAUGGAACUGCUGGAGGUCGACAUGAGGCAGUCCUUCUCUGCCCUCGGUGCGCUGACAGCCAGGGCCCUGGACCUCCAGGAGCGUGAAUCGUGCCGUGCCAGGCAGCGCGAGCUGCGGACAAAGCUCCGAGGGACAAUCGAAGAGAGCAGCUAUUGCCUCCUCAAUGACGUUUUGCUUGUCAAGUUUCCCAUUUCAGACAAGGUUCGCAAGAUGAGCGAAACUCAAAGAAAAAGGGAAUUGCGCUCGGCUUGGGCAAAAGUGCUAAAGAAGGCCAUCGGAAGAGACUUUGGCAUAUUUGUCAUCGACAACGCCCAGUUCAUCGACCCUGCCUCCUGGAGUAUCAUGUCACCCGUGCUCCAAAACGUCUCCUUCUUCAUGGUCACGAGCUUAGCUCCGGGCUACGCGAGAACAGAGAGCUUUUGCAAAGCCGCAGCAGCCAGCAGGACGUCCCAGAAAAUCAUCUAUCUUCAUCUGGAUGAGCUGAAACCUUCAGCUGUGGUGCAGAAAGUCUGCCAGGACCUUGGAGUGGUCAGCAUCCCCAGGGAUUUAGCGAGGUUCCUGCUCCAAAGAAGCUCGGGGAUCCCAUAUUACUGCGAGGAGCUGCUGCGCUGCCUUCGUUGCAAGGACACGCUCUUGUUCCGCGCCCGGAGGCGGGGUGAAAAAGCAGAGGACAACUGGGAGAGCCUGAUCAUCGAGACUUCAGCCCUGGCAGCAACCUCGAGCUCCAGUGCCGGGAAUGAUGGCAGGGUCUGCAUCGUCAGACCAGAUGUGAACCUGGAGAACACCGUGCUGCCCACCGCUUUGAAAGAGAUUGCGCUGGCUCAGCUGGACCAGAUGAAGCCGCUGAAGCAGACGGUUUUGAAGUUUGCAGCUGUCAUCGGGCUGGUAUUUACCACCCAGCUGCUGUCGCACAUCCUUCCCGCUGACAUCAGGCACAAGAUGAAUUUCUUGUUGGACAUGCUGGUGAGCGACAACAUCCUUAAGUGGCUGAAAAGCACAGAGGUGCCAGAAGAUGUCCAAGAUGCUACCGAGGGGCCAGCCAGCUCUCUGCAGGCAGGGCAUGGAGCGGAGAGGCCCUCUUGGAGCAAGAAGACCGUGGAGCGGCGGUCUGGCGUUCUGGCCUUCUGUGUCCCGCUGCUGCGGGAGGCUGCCUACGAGCUGUGGCUCGAGAGACAGCGGGUCGCCUUGCACCGCAAGUGCGCCGCCUUCCUGGAGCGGCACGCGCACAAAUGCAAGAGCUGCGGCCAAGGGGACUUUGUUGACUUCCACCGCUUCGCUGUCACCGGCACCCAGGAUGGAGGGAGCUGUCAGGGUCCUGCUGACCAGGGUGACUCACGCAGCUGGGAGGCCUUGGUGCUCGCAGGAGAACAGAUGAAGAGGGAUAGGACCCAUGCCAUUGAGGAAUGGUUUCUGGCAAAGAGCGACCAGACGACUCAGCUGCCCAGCAAGACUGACGGCAAGCACGACGGCGCGUGCUCGUGCAAAUGCAAAGCCAUCGUGGAAUCGGUGCUUGUGCCUUUGGCUCGCCACUACAUGGCAAUGGGCGAUGCUGCCAGGGCCUUUUACUACCUUGUGGAGUGUGCGGCUGCCUACCUGCAUGUCUCCAACAGCUACAUGGCCCUCAUGAAGCUGAACGAAGCGGAGGUCCUGAGGAACUCAGUAGAGAAGAAAGCGAAUGUGAUAGCCCGCUUUGAUGAGGCCACCUUCUUCAGCCUCAAAGGGGAGGUCUGCUGUCAUAUGGGACGUACGAAGCUGGCAAAGAAAAUGAUCAGGAAGGCUUUGUGCCUGCUCAGAAGGCACUUCCCCCGGACCUCCGUUCGAGCCUUUGCCAAGUCGCAGGUGGAAAAGUUGCCGUGUGCCGCUUAUGUUGCCAGAAGAGCGUCCUCCCUUCCGCAGGAGGCCUGGAGGAAGAGGCUAGCCUGGCUGCUGCGGCAGAGCUGCUGCCUUUCCUUACUGGAGCGUCUCUUGAGCCUGGAGGGUACUUCCAGCGGACGGACGGUCUCCCGCCUGGCAGCGUGCAUGAAGGCCAACAUGGACAAGGCAGCGGACUCCUAUCGGCAGCAGAUUCCUGCCACAGACAGACUUAAAACAGAAGGGUGGAAAUGAAGUGAUGUUAUUAAAUAUCUGCUUUAUUAUGACCUUUGCUGUCGAGCCUUUCUUUCUGAGGCAUGGAAAGAAACACUGUUGUCUUGUUUCUGUUGAGGACUACUGCUGCUCCAUCAGUGAUGACUACAGCUCUCUCACAGGCCCUGCUGCAGACCCAUGAUUGAAGACGCUUCUGAUUUUAGGUCACACUCACACCAGAGACCCUCGAAAACCCUAGCCCUCUCUGUUGCUCUUGCUCUUCACCACCCACGGGCGGUCAGCUGGCUACUGCUGCUCCCUCUCUUUCCCCAGCUAAAGGGGAGGAGAAACCUGUUGAAAAAGGCAAGGGUGACAGGAAAAGCCCCAGACGCUGGGGACUUGAAGCAACACGCCUGUCUGCCUAGCAUUGCCCCCAGUCAGCAUCUGCCGCAAAACUCUAUGAACAAUUACGGUGUAUAAGCAGCGCCGCAGACACUGGGGGAAAAUGUGGGGACACAGCACCCAGGUAGGUCAUGCAUCUGCUCCUCCUGCCCUUCCAGCUGGCAGUGCUCCUUCUAGGGGC